AUGUUGGGAACCGAGUUAUUGUCUCUGCUGGUACUUGCGCCAUGCGCAAUAGCACAAGACGUCGAUUAUUCGCAGUUCGUGAAUCCAUUCAUCGGGACUGAAGGCGCGAUACCUGGCUACGCAUACGGUGGCGGUGAUGUAUUCGUGGGUGGCGCAGUACCCUUUGGCAUGGUUAAACUGGGCAUCGACACGUAUGAAGAGCCCAUCAACCAGAGUGCGCUCAACGGCGGAUACACACCUCAAGGCCAUGUGACGGGCAUCAGCUUGAUGCACCAGUCAGGAACCGGCGGAGGAUCGAAAUAUGGAUACCCUUCACAGAUGCCGCUGACGAGCAUUGAUGGCGAUGUCAAUUUACUGGACAAUCGGACUUACUGGCAGGAUCGAGUUGGCGAAGACGUCGCACAAGUUGGCUAUUUCCGUACCGAGCUUGAAUCUGGUGUCAAGAUAGAGCUUGCGGCCUCUCGACACGCAGGAUUAUACCAUUACACAUACGCGUCUUCGUCCGAGAAGCACGUUCUGGUUGACCUGUCGCACUACCUACCCCAUCUGACACGCUCAUGGGAUUCUCAAUUCUACACAGGCGGCGAGAUUGAGAUUCAACCGAACAACAGCACAUAUACUGGCUACACAUCCAUAGCAGGUGGGUGGAACGUUGGUGCACCAGUCACCGUGUACGUGUGCGGCGAAUUCGAUAGCCUGCCUGACGAGGCACGUGCUUUCAAGGGGAAGAACACAUUCCCUGUCAGUCGACACUUCCGGUCGUUCAAUAAUGGCACAACACCUCGGCCUACGUAUACUGGAUCAACAACCCGGUCGGGGCCCAUGAACGACCGCGUUGGAGCAGUAUUCAGUUGGACCAAUGUCACCGAGAUCAAAUCGCGAGUAGGCAUCUCCUUCAUGUCUGUUGACAAGGCAUGUUCGUACAAGAACGCCGAGCUGUCCUGGUGGUCAAUUGAGGAUACCGCGCAAGCGACGCGUGACGAAUGGAACCGCGAUGUCUUUUCCAAGAUUCGCGUUGACACAUCGGAGUCGGCAAACAAGACCAGGCUGGCGUUGCUAUACUCCAGCUUGUAUUUCAUGCACCUUAUACCCAGCGAGCGUGUAGGCGAGAACCCGCUAUGGGAAUCGGAUGAGCCAUAUUGGGAUGGUGCCAUCGCGUUGAAAGCAGACGUCACACUAACCGCUAUCAGGUGGGAUCUAUUCCGAAACCAGGUCUCGCUCUGGCACCUCAUCCAGCCAAGCUACUAUGAGUCCAUGAUUCGGUCUCUGAUCGACAUGUUCAAGCAAGAGGGCUACCUUCCCGAUGGCCGAUCUGGCAAUUACAACGGUCUGGUCCAGGGAGGAUCCAACGCCGACAACGUCCUGGCAGAUGCCUACGUCAAGGGCUUGACGGGUAUGAUCAACUGGACGGAAGGCUAUGCAGCAGUCAAGAAGGAUGCCGAUGUCUUACCUUUCUUCGACGAGAACCCAGUCGAUCCACAUGGGUCGCUGAAGGAAGGCCGUGGCGCGCUGAAAGACUGGAUAGAGCUUGGCUAUGUCUCGGCUGAUCGCAGCACGCGUGCAGUCUCAAAGACAGUAGAGUACUCACUCAAUGAUUUUGCUGUCAGCCAGAUCGCAGCUGGUGAAGCGCCUGGCGAUCGUGACCUCUACCUCCGUCGGUCCGCAGGUUGGCAGAUGAGUUGGGAUCCUGAGUCUGCGAGUCGUAACUUUUCCGGUUUCGUUAUGCCGCGAUACGCGAACGGCACUUUCCACAAGACCUACGACAUUACUGACUGCGGCGAUUGUAACUGGGAAGAUGAGAGCUACGAAGGCACUGCUUUUGAGUAUUCCUUCGUUGUUCCCCACGACAUCUCGCGCGUCAUCACACUAAUGGGAGGCCCUUCGCACUUCGAGGACCGCCUCGACUACGUAUUUCAACCAAACACGUCUGGCGUCGACCUCGGCGUGAACGGACUUGGUAUCACCACCAUCAACAACGUCGCCAACGAACCCGACUUUGAAACACCCUACCUCUACAACUACCUCAACAAGCAGUGGAAGAGCGUAGAGCGAAGCCGACAGCUUGCUAAUGACUUCUACUUCAACACAACCAAUGGUAUACCCGGAAACAGCGAUGCAGGAGCCCUGAAUUGCUGGCUCAUAUGGCAGAUGCUGGGAUUGUAUCCUAUAGUCACCACGCCCGUAUAUCUUCUGGAAAGUCCUUGGUUCUCCGACAUCAACAUUACUGUCAAUCAUGACAAGACGUUGAGGAUCAGGGCCGAGGGGCUGGAUGACGGAGACGGCAGGCAGGGGUACUACGUCCAGGGCGUGAGCAUUAACGGGGAGGAGUGGGGGAGGAACUGGUUCGAGCAUGAAGACGCGGGUGGUAUCAUGACUGAGGGGGGCGAGAUCGUCUUCAGGCUUGGAGAGCAACAGACUGUGUGGGAGUCAGGCGAUGUGCCGCCUAGUCCUGGACAUCAGGUUGUUGAUGUUGGUGAGGGCGCACAGUUCGCUUAA